AAUAACCCCCAGUGUAUUACGCACCACUCGGUGUCGAGCCAGCGAGAUGCUGCAGCCAGCGGCUCUCCGCCUGAGGCAAAUGGGCAGCUGCUGAUGACGCGUAAAUCGGCUCGGCUCGGCUCGAUAUGGCCAGUGGUGCAGAUUCGGCCAUGGGCAGCAGCUGCGAUAAAAACAGCGAUGCUGCUGAGCACCACAGCUGGGCCAGGGGAGUCGAGGAGAGUCGAAAGCCGCACCUAUAUCUUGCUGGCCCUUUUUGCACACCUGCACAUCGAGAGCAACACUAUUCCUCCCCACCUUUUUCCCCUAUAAUUUAGCCCAUCUAUUCUAUUAAAUUUACUCGUCUGAGCAGAUAAACAAAUGGUAAGAACAGCA